AUGUCUUGUAGAGGAGGAGUUGUACGAGGGGUGCCUCCUGUUGUUGUUGUUGUCAUCGUCGUUGUGCUGAUUCUUGUAACCGUUUUGCAGCUGGUAAGUUGCAACAAUGACUACGUAUCCGCAGUUGGCGAUCCAGGGAUGGCGAGGGAUGGUCUGAGGUUGGCAAUUGAGUCAUGGAAUCAAUGCAAUGAAGUUGGAGAAGAAGCUCCGAAUAUGGGAAGCCCCCGGGCUGCAGAUUGCUUCGACAUCUUCAAAGACACAGACAAACCGCAAGCUUCUCCCAAACAAGGUCAAGGUCAAUCCCCCCACCGAUUAGUGCAUAGAGUUACGGAAAAGGAUAACAGAUUAGGGGUGGGGCAGCGCCUGAAUAAUGCAGCAGCAAUCCAGGAGAAGAAGACUCCCAAUGCUGUUGAUCUAUAUGCAGCACAGAAGGAACUCUAUUUGGGACACAAAUGUCAAGUCCAAGACACCCCCAAACCAUGGCAAUUCUGGAUGAUCAUGCUCAAGAGCGGCAACAUGGAUACACGUGCUAAUAGGUGUCCCAAGAACGGGUUCAAAUUCACCCCUUACGGCCCCGACCGCAAAUUCCCAUGCUUUGGAAAAGGCUGCAUGAACCAGCCUUUGAUCUAUCACAACUUCACUACUUUACAAGGGCCUAACAACACUCUGCUCAAGGGGAGAUUCUUCGGCUCGUGGGACCUGGAUGCUGAUCUGACCAAGGGAUUGCAAGAAACCAAUGCUUCCUACCAUUCUGUUACGUGGGAGAAGGAAUUAGGACAGGGGAGUUGGACCUUCCACCAUGUUCUCAGGACCUCACUCAAGUAUCCAUGGCUGAUGCUCUAUUUGAGAGCAGAUGCGACCGAUGGUUUUUCGGGUGGCUAUCACUAUCCUACCAGGGGAAUGUUAAAGAUUAUACCAGAAUCUCCAGAUUUCAAAGUAAGGUUCAUGCUGGAUGUGAUCAAAGGAGGUGGUCCGAACAGCCAGUUUUACCUGCUCGACAUCGGGAGCUGCUGGAAGAACACCGGCAUGCCUUGCAACGGCGACGUGACUUCAGACGUGACGCGUUACAGCGAAAUGGUGCUGAAUCCGGACACGCCGUCGUGGUGCCAUCCAGACAACUUCAAACUAUGCCCACCCUACCACACCUUCCCCAACGGCAGCCGCGUGCAUCGUUCCAAUACAGCUCGGUUCCCUUACGAGGCCUACCACAUGUACUGUGCCCCUGGAAAUGCAAUAUUUGCAGAAAAGCCUAACUCCAUGUGUGAUCCGUACAGCAACCCUCAGCCACAGGAGAUUCUGCAAAUCUUGCCUCACCCUGUCUGGGGCGACUAUGGCUAUCCCACCGAGAAAGGAGAGGGCUGGAUUGGAGAUCCCAAGUCUUGGGACCUCCAUGUUGGCAGGCUGUCGGAAUCCCUUUACUUCUACCAGGAUCCAGGGACCCCUCCGGCAAGGAGGCAGUGGACAUCCAUAGAUUUGGGGACAGAGAUCUACAUGGGUCGUCCUGAUCAGGUAGCAGAAUGGACUGUCAGCAAUUUUGACAUCCUCGUACCUAAGAAGGGUACCACUGCAGCAUAGCCACAACAAUCAAAUUUGAUUGAAUUUCAUGCAACCCCAUCCCAGGGCAGUCAAAAUAGAUAGCUGUUUGGGGUUUAGGAAAUUUCAAUGUACCACCAAUAGAUUUCAGCAAUAAUCCGCCGUGGUUAUUAGAUGCAU